CAUUUGCUCGUAGUCGUCGUAUCUAAUAAAAGCUCGAUGUGUCGUUACCAUGCUUGGAAGUGUUGAAUUCAGUGUCGGGGAUGGCAUCGUCUUCGGGGGAGAAACGGCCUAGGGUGCGAGCCGGCCGAUCCGUUAACAUCAAAGAUUGGGAAAAGCAGAAUCAACUUCUCAACAACUGGAACAAUGAGUUGUGCAGUGGCGAGUCGAUUCCGGAAGUGGAGAUCAUCAGCCUUUUGGAGGAGCAGAUACCGCGGUACAAGUUGAGAGCAGACACGCUCACAAAGUUCGGAGGGUACGAAAAUCAGGAUUGGUUCAUCCCUUCGCCGGCAUUGCAGGUGGACGAAUUGGAUUUGAAACUAUCCCCGGACCAAAUUCGGGAAACCCUUAACUAUUUUCUCUUAUGUAGCGAUCGUGUGAGCCAAAUGAGCAAGACCUACGAUGAUAUAGAAGCAGUCAGUAGGCUUCUGGAAGAGAAAGAAAAAGAUUUGGAAUUAACGGCCCGGAUUGGCAAAGAACUUUUGCAAACCAACAACAAACUCACGGAGUCGGUGACGGCAUUGGAAACUGAUUUGAAGAGCGCCAAUGAGAAGAUCACACAGCUCAGCCAUGAGAUCUUUAAGAAAACGGAACUCAUUCAGGUCCUCACCAAUGACAUGGAUGAGUCCACCAUCGGCCACUAUACGGGUGACAUAAAUCUGGACCUCAUGCAGAAGCGCAUAUCCUGUUUGGAAGAUGAGAACAAGACGUUGAAGAAUGAAUUCUUUAAACUCGUCAGGGACACGGACGAGGUGGAGGCGCACGAGGCGGACUUGCUAAAAGACAUCACCGGUCAAUUAGCUUGUUCGCGAUCGUCGAUGAUGUUGCUCGAGGAUGAAUUGGACAGGACCAGGGAAGAGUGCCGGCUGCAGCACGAGGAGAUCUUGACGUUGAAGUCUAAACUAGUAGAAUCUGAAGUCAUGGGAGGCAAAUAUGCAGCUGAGAUCGAGGAGCUCUGUGUUAAACUACAAAUCACAGAAGAGAAUCAAAAUAGUUUGGCAGUAGAAUUAAGUGAAUACAAGCUGAGGUAUUACGAGCUCGAAGGUCUGCUGCGCGACACACAAGAACAGCUGAGGAAGCUACGUAAGAAACAAAUGCCAGUGGCCAGGAGCUCGAUGUUCCCAUCACUAGGUGGACAUACCCAAGGAGUUUACGACAGUCUUCAGAGCGAACUGGAGAUGUCCUUGCAUUCAGAACUCAGCACGGACAGCGGUAUUUCCAACAACGAUCAAGUGCCGCAAUACAAGAAGGUUUUUGAAACUGUUCGUUGCGCAUCGCAAAGUUCCUUAAACAGUGCUGAUAGCAUGGGCAGUUUGGCCUCUUCUGGUCUUGGUGGUUACGUGAGCAGUUCCGGAUUGAGCACCACCGGACCAAGAAUGAGCGUUCGUCCGCAGAGCGGUUACGCGGAUAUGCGAAGAUCUUCUGGAUCCAUCUACAGCAGCAGCAGCUUAGGUUAUCCGAGCAUAGACUCUACCAGUCAAUCGGAUUCUGAGUCGAGUCUGAACACUGAUUCGGAAGACGGCUACCCAGCGCCUCCGCAGAAAGGUAUUCCUGGAGUUCCGGGUGCAGCAGAUUUAGAGGCCGCAUUGAAACGGUUGACCCCGUCGGAAGUAUUGGCUAGGAGAGCCAAUCUGCAACAUGGUCCUACCUACGGAGGUUACGAGGGUGAAUCAUAUGUGCCUUUUGGAUGCCGCACCCCGGAUAGUUUGAUGUCCACUGGAUCGAUGGCGUACCAACAGUGGAGGUUGCCGGAGAAGCUGCAGAUUGUUAAACCUAUGGAGGGCUCACAGACAUUGCAUCACUGGUCGCAAUUGGCGCAGCCUACAUUUGGUGGCCUACUGGAAGAGAGGCCUGGUGUUAAGAUCAAAGGCGGCAAGGAACUUGAAGAUAUGGGGUUGGAAACUUAUGGUCUUAGUGAUUUAGAAGAAGACGAAGAAUAUUCCAACCCCGGCAAGAUGUUCGAUUCGUCCGCCCCUAUUUACACCUUAACCAACAGCACUGUGAUGCACCCUGAUGACGGAACAAUUAUGACUCCGAGCAACGUCGGUAGUCGAGUUGCCUCGGUGUGUUCUAGCGUUCAAAACUCUCCACCGCAAACACCUAGGAUGCUUUCGCGCCGAAACUCUUGCUCCACCUUCUCCACCACCUACGGAUUGGCAAAGAUGCUUAAUGAAAGAGGUAUAAAAGCAGUAACCCCUUCGGCUGUAAACACGCCGUGCGGUGUCAACAGCUUCACACCAACCGCCACCCCGUGCAACAGUCCACUCGGAUCUCCGGACCGAUCGCGAAGCAAUUCCCCAGAACCCAACAUCUUCAGUAUUCCCCAGAUGAUUCUGAGCUCGAUGCCCGAAUUCGUGCAGCAGACCAUCGGAGGCGGUGCUCGCAAGAAGAUCCCGCGAGAGCCGAGAAUAUCAAAACGCCAAAAGAGCGGCAGCUCUUCUGAUAAGGGUCAAUUGAUUGGUAGAAUCGAGCGCAUGGGUAUAUCGAAUUUGAUGAGCUCAUCACCUGGUGCUUUGUCGUUGUCGGCGGGGAUGUACCAUAGACCAGCCCUUACCAGUCCCAUGGCACAAUUGACCUGCCUCCUUCCUAGCCACAGCACGGAGAAUCUAGCCUCUAAAACAACCGGUGCUACCUCGAAGAGGAGAGAAAAGAGCGUGAUUCCUGAAGAACCCAUGGGAAUUCCCGGAAAACCUGGAACGGAUUCACUGAAGAAACGUUUGGAACAACUGAACGCCAGAAAACAGCGUAGACAGCAAGGUGGAGGUGGUCAAACACGUCCAGAUUUGGGAACCGUGGCCAAUAAGAAACCGGUUGCAGCUGAACCCAGCAGCUCUUUGGGUACACUUAGUUCAAUGCUAUUCGGCCGCAAAGGUGGCCUGUUCUAAAAAAAACACAUCCCACAUUAACUUUGGGUGGAUAGAAAAGUAAGAUAACGAAAAUCCAUCCUAUCUAAUAAUAUACAAGCGAAACGUAACUAGACUAUAUAAAACUAUAUAUAUAUAACUUUAUAUAUAUUAGAUAAAUGAACUUAACACACACUAGUACCAAAAUUCUCGUUAACUGCCAUACGGUGGCAUUUGUUUUUUUUUGCUUUCGUCUUCGUUCGAUGCGUUUUAUUUAAAAAAAGAAAUUACUCUAUUAUAUAUUAUACAAACUGCCAAAUCAUUCUGAUAUUUGUAAAAUUUUCAUGAACCGUCGAUGUUUGCACAAAUUUUCUGGUAUUGUGGUUUUGGAAACUUUUCAAAUAUUGCCAAUGCAUUUAGUCGGUUUUUAACCUCGAACAAUAUUUAUUUUUUGUUUAUUUGUGCACUGUUCUAUAUUAUUUUCGCGUAAUAUAUAAUUAGUGCACUGAUUCGACAGAUAUCCGAGAACGAACGAAAGCAUUUCAUUUUUACUUUUAUGUUUGAUUUUCCUCCUGUCCGUUCAUUGUAUAUUAUGUUAUACAUGUAAGAGAAACACAUACCAAAUAAUACAAAUGAUUGUAGGCCAAAAUGAAAGAAUGGCUCUCGUUGUGCCUGUAUUUGUCGCGAACGAUGUUUACUGUGAAAUAUGUUUAGCAGCUGUGAUUAAUUAUUCUUUAUUGAUGAGUUUACUAUAGAGUAUUAGUUUGAGAUGUGGCGGUACUACGACAAUGUUAUGUUGAAGAUGAGUAUUUAUUUAUUUUUUUUUUUCGUGUAGUUUACAUUAUUAUUUUUUUUUAAACUGAUGGAUUCACCUGCCCUGAAACCUGAAAAAGCGGUCAUGAUAUUUGUGGUGCUUAUUAUUUUUUAUUUUUUCUGUUAAUUAUUAACGUUGAAGAAGCGACACUAAGGACAAGA